AUGGUCGGAGCCCAAGACCUUGCUCAACGGAGGCCGACACCAGCCGCAGUGCAGGAACGGAUCUGGGCAGGCAGUCGAGUAGACCAGCCAGCCAUUGAGCGUGUUCAAUUUCUCAAUCAUCACGCCAGUUCCUACGUAGUCUCAUUGAUGCCCCUCGAGCGAUAUUACCGCUCCACAAAUAUUACCAGCAUCGUCGAAGGCACGUUCAGCAGGAGUUUUCUCUGCCUCGACCAUGACAUAGCCAAGGCCCGAGAGCGCCAGCGUGACAAGUACCGGAAGGCUGAGCGGCAGGCGGACAUCAAGAGGCGCGCGGAAGAGAUGUGUCGCUAUGAGGCUAAUCAAGAAUGGCAAGAGCUCAUCCGCCAGGCUCACCAGGCCACCAUGCUUGCCUUCAUCAGCUUGCUAGGAUUGGCGACGGCAAUUCAAUGA